UCAAUGGACUGACUGAUUAGACUUAUAUACUGAUCAAUGUGAAUGUGAUUAGAGUUAUACUGAUCAAUGGACUGACUGAUUUGAGUUAUAUACUGAUUGAUGGAUUUGAGUUAUAUACUGAUUGCUGGUCAAUGACCGAAUAAAUUUUAUAUAUAUGAUACUGAUAAAUGGCUUGUUAUAUACUGAUCAAUGAUUUGACUGACUAGACUUAUAUAUUGAUCAAUGGAUUGACUGUUGUUGUAGUCCGAACUGUAGAGGACCCAAACCUUUCAUGGAAUUGAGCCCAGCCCCUUGGAGCACUGCUAUAGACUCCACAGCCAUGUGCGCAUAUGCGCUGGGUGCCUUCGAGCCCUUUCUGACUUAAGGUUUUUCUUGCUAAGAUUUGUUCAAAGGGAGGCUUGCCAUUGCCUUCCCCUGAGGCUGAGAGAGUGUGACUUAUUGCCCAAGGCCUGCUGUGUGACCUCCAUGCUGAGACACACUCUCACAGCCAUCGCAUCCCAGCUGAUGUCACAAACGCUGCCAGGCCCAGUUGGCAGCCAGCCACUCGGCCUCCAGUUUGGGAGCUACAAGGAGGAGACACUUCAAGCUUCGAGGUCCUACUUUGCGUUUCUUUCCCAGUUUGUGGGCGGCAGAGUCCUCAACCACCUCCUGUGUUGUUUUUCCCGAUGGAGCCGGACAGCCGCCAAGCUCCCCACGAUGCUCAGCCUCCAGGACAAGUCCCUGAGCCUUCAGGCCCCCUCCUGCCUUCGGUGUCCCUUGGGAAAAGCUUCCAGGGGAUGGUCUACGGGGCGCUGAGCACCCUCUACUUGCACCUGCUCUCCUUGCGGGUGGGACUGCUAGGCUGGUACUUCUGCUUGAAGCAGGUGCAGUGGGACAUCCUCUGCUGGGUCCACGCCUCCAUGGAGCUGGCCACCGAUUUGGUCUUCUGCUGGGCCCAGAACGUCCUCCUGGCUUUCAUGAUGCUCCUGCUCCUCUCCUGGAAAGUUUGCAGCGGAGUCACGCUGCCCGGCUGGCAUCCGCUGCUGCGGAGAGUGGUGAGGAGACUGGCCUUGAAUGUGCAGCUGGCCUGGGCUCUCUCUCUGCUGAAGAGGGCUUUCUGGAGGCUGAAGUGCCUCGUGGUGUGGAUGGCCUGGGCUCCGGCCUACUGCUUGGCUUGGGUGAUCUGCUGCAUCGCCCGGACUCUGGAGAUCAGCUACAAGCAGGCGGCCAGGCUGGCCAAAGAGGAAGAGGAGCUGGAGGAGGAGAAGGCGUUGGUGGCGCUGAUAAUGCGGGAAGACAAGUUCUAACUGGCAUUGAAUAAACAGCUCUGAAAGGGUAGCUUGGGUUUGGGAUUUGUACUCAGGAGAGGAGCAGGACUCCUAGGGGUCAUUCACACUACAGAAAUAAACCGGUUUGGAACCGGUUUAAUUCCGUGACAUUCACACUCGCUCCGACAGUUAACAGAGUGGUAGCUAAAAAGCCCACCUAAACCAGUGCAUUUGACACCAGACCCUUUAGCGGUUCUUUUUUAAAGAGCCGCAACAAUCCGUAUCUUCGGUACCAAAUUGAUUUGGAUCACGCUGCAUUGUUCCUGGAAAUGGAGGCGCCUCUGUUUCAAAUUGAUACAGUGGCUAAUGUAAAUAGCAACCGGGUUAAAAUGGCACAGAGAGAUUCGAUUGUGGUAAACGUAGUGGAAACACCAAACCGAUUCUGAAGCGGUUCUGGAUUGGCGCAGAGAUGCGAAUCUCUUCAUUCAAAAAAGCAAGUGUGAAUGACCCCCUAAAAUGGUGGGAAUAUGGUUGCAAGGUGAGGAUUUGGGGGGCAGAGCCCUAGGGAUGGGGAACAUCAACAUCUUGUACACGGGUCAAAUGAAUACACCAGGUUUAGCCAACAAGGAUAAAACUAUGGCUCAAUAUUUAUGAGGUCAUAAGUGGACUUACGAUCUCAUAACUUUAGGGAUUCACACUGACAGCCCUUUCAGCCUUAGAGGAUGGGAAUGGCAAACCCUCUCUGAAGAAACAUGCCAAGAACCCCUCCAUAGAUUUGCUUUAGGGUCGCCUGAUCUGGGCUGACAUGGGAUCAGUGGAAAAGGGAGGAAGAGCUUGGAUGCAAAACCAUGAAGGUGCUGGUAAAAUCCAAAUGAAUGGAAAGUCCUAUCACUACCAGGGACUCUCUCCUCCCUUUCUGGAUUUGGAAAGGAGCAAUCUAACUCUUUACCAGGAGAGGACGCCUGUGUCUGACACUUCUGAUCAUUCUUUUUCCUGAACAUGGAUAGAACUAGCAGAAGGGGGAAAUGCAUUGGGUUUGCACUCCACUGCCGAAAUGGCCAUUUCCCACCUCCCAAGACUGGUACAGAAACAGCUUGAGUUGGAAAUGUCUCCCUUUCCAAGGCUUGCGGAGCAUUUCAGAGCGAGGAGAAAAAAGGUCACCAAACCAGACGAAUGUUUGCGAGAAGCACAUGGAAACGGCAUGCAAACAACGCACAGAGUAAAUGGGGAAGAACGCACCCCAAAAUCUGCAUUUAAACAAGAUAUUCAAAUGCAGGUACAUUCUGAAAACAUAUAGAAACAUGCACCGGUUUCUUGCUGGAAUGGGAAUGAGAAGGACAAGAGAGAUGAGAGAACAUCGCUUUAUGCUCACAUGUGCCUGUCAACUUGGUUAGUGCUUGGACAGGAGACCAUCAAUGAAUCUCAGGUGUUUGUAUCCACCUCUAGUAUUCCUUGUCUAAGAAAACCUAUGAAAUUGCCAUAGGUCACCAGAUAGCUUGGAAGCACAUACAGGCAAAUGUGAGGCGGACGUGGGGAGGCAAGCUGAUCCCAACCCUGUAACAACCAUCCAAAAGAAAUAUCCACAUUGUCAUAUAUUUUUGCAAAGCAAGAAAUGCACCCCAUGCCCCUUGGUCAGCCCCAUCGAUCCUUGUUCAGGGUGUGGGACCAAUGGGCCAUGAAAAGAGGCAGGGUUGCGCUUCUGGGCAGACGGCUGGGAGCAGGAAAGCACACCAGAGCUAGGAUUUAUGGCCAGCUUUCCCUCUGCUGCCUCUCUCUUCCCACCGAGUUUUGGCAGAGAGGUUUUAGGAAAAUCUUUAUAGGCUCAAAAGCCUCCUUUCAUCCCCCCAACCUCAAAGCAGCAGGGGUCAGUCCAGGUUUCUAGCAACGGUCUCAUGCUGGACGACACCUCCAUGUUUCAUGUUCGGCAAGGCCUUCCCUUUGCCUUGCACUCUAAAACCAUUACUUUAAUGGCCUGGUUCGCACGUCGAGCGAUGUUUCCAUUGCUAAUUGAGUCCCCGGGUCCUCUUACAAGACAAACAGGGACCGUGCCAGGGCUGGCCUGCCACCUUCCGUCCUUUCCUUUCCCUAACCCCCCUCCCUGCCCUCUCUGGACAGCUUGUCUGGAGUCUUGGCUCUCUUUGCUCAGACUCACAUUCCUGGGCUGGGUCCCUCUCCAAAAGCCUCUUGGUUUUUUCCCCUCUCUUCCUUUUCUUUUGCAGAGCAGUUCUUUCAGAGCAAUGCUUUCCUAGACACCAUGUUCUGGGAAGCCAGGGGUGGCCGCGGCAGCCACGUGCUCCGCUCAGGUGGCCGCAGCUGUGCAAACAGCUUUGAUGGACUCUGACGGUCAGCGUGAAAAGGAGGUGGACAUCAAGCCAAGAUGUAGGGUUCGGUUCAGACGAGACAUCUCCCCCCGGCCAUGUUGUUUUCUCCCUCCACCUGCGCAACUUUGGCUCAGCCAGGUGCAGAACAUCCGAAAGGAAAGAAAGAGGUUGGCAGCUUGAGCUUUCGUAGACUUCGGUCUAUUCCUCAGGUGCAUUUGAUCUCCAUCAGUAGACUGAAGCCCACAAAAGCUCGUGCCGCUGACUCCUUUCCUUCAGUGAGUCUCAAAGGUCUACAGACUAAACAAGGCCGUAUCUUUGAAUAUGUAUUACAUAUUCUCUUCAAACAGGGUUGUUGAACAAGGGCUUGGUCCAGGGAUGGGAUUUUGGACUGUUUGAUGGCUUUAAUUUUGACAGCGAUUGGAUCGGGAUAUUCCUGCAAUGGAGGGAUGGAGACGUUUGGCUGGGGACACAACACAGAGUAGGCAGAGAGAGGUUGGCUUACUGCUCUGGGUGCAAAGGGUCUGGGGAGAGUCUGGAAGCCGCGC